UACUCAUUGAAUUUACUAUUUUCUAAAUAUAAUCACUUGCUUUAAUAAUAAAAUUAAGCUUAUGAAGAUAAUAUUACUAAGACCCAUGUUGCUAAGAAUAUUAAUUUAAUUGUAUUUUAUCCUAAAGAAAGUAAAUUUGAUGUACCACCCACGUUAUAUAACUCCAAUAAAUAAAUAAAUAUUUUACCUAAAACAGAUGCAACCGAUUUAAUACAGAUUCUUAGGUACAGACAUAAUCAAAAUAAAAAGUUUAAUGUCUACACUUAAACUUUUGCGCAAUGCAGCCAGUAGUUUCGGCACACCUAAAUCUCUAACGAACAAAUAUUAAUUGAUGUGUCCAUUUAUAUAAAUCUGGACCCUUUCGAAGUCAGCUUACAAAAGUGAACGGAGCAGCUCGUUCGCGCACAGUCGAGCUUGGUGUCUUUAAAGUGUCACUUCCGAAAUAAAAAGAUAUAUUUACAGAAUGUUGAAUAAAUUCUUUGCAUUGUUGUUAUUGUGUUGGGGUGUGUAUGGUUUCCCCGAUGGUGCUCCAGUAGACGCGUGUGUAAAAGACCGCCCUAACCAACCUAACCAUGGACAGCACAGAACACAACCCCUUUCCACCCUACCUUAUAGGGUCGUCGCAUCUUCCAGUACAUUUGGACCGAACUCAGCCAUCACAGUAACCAUCGAAGGCGCCGAGCCGUUCAAGGGAUUCUUUAUUCAAGCCCGCUCCGUGGAUAGGGAUGAAUGGCUAGGAUCUUGGGAAGAAGCACCCAAUACGACUAUCCAUCCAGAAUGUUCCGCUGUCACACAUGCAGACCCUCGAGAGAAGACUAGAGCGACGUUAGUGUGGCGUGCACCACCCAACGCACAGGGGAGGGUUUAUUUUACAGGCACUGUCCUAAAGAAUUACGGCACAUUCUGGGCGAACAUAAUUGCUGAAGCACCACAAGACCCAUCACAGCUGCAAAUACUCGGUUGAAAACAAUAUAUUUAUGUAUUAACAUACCUAGGUUAGAUUUACGUAGAUUAUGGAUGUACAUAUUAUGUUAAUACUCAGAUAAUACUGUUAACGACUUACAAAAAGUGUUGUCUAUAUUAUAAACUCUAGAAAUAACAAUAUAGAAAAACGUCAGUGCAAGUAUAAUAAAAUCCAUACCUCAUUAUAAAAUAAAGUAUUUCGAAUGGAAUGUCAAUGAACAGGCCAUAUUGCUUGAAUAAUCGAUAACUGAUGGAGACGAAAGAGUUUCGAGUGGCAAGUCCAUACGGAUAAAACAAUGAUCUCGAAUGUUGCAGGAAAUCGUUGGAUGCAUGUGGCUCACGAUCGUUCCUUAUGGCAGUCUAUGGCUAUGUUCAGCAGUGAACAGUUGACGGUUGAAAUAAUGAUCAUAUUUCAUAUCACAAUUGUACACUUCAUAAAAAUGCUAAAAUUAGAUAAACAACUAUCCAGGAUGAAAUUGAAAUCUUUAGCAUUCUUUUAAGGUGCUCUAUUAGUGAGAGGAUAAUUUUUCUCGUUUUCAACCUAUAUAUUGCAUUCAGAAACUUUUACAGUAAAACAAUGUUAAUGAUUUCGAUUUCUAACUGAAUAAUAUUGUGGCAUAAACCAUAUGAUAUGAUUUUUAUAUAAAUUAAAUAAUUAUUGUUGCUAGGAUCUAUUAUUUCUAUUCACUAGCAUCUAAGUCAAUAAAAUAUUCUAUAUAAGUAA